AUGUCGGCAUGGAAGAGACAAGCACGAGCAGAUAAACCAACUGUACCCCCCCCUGUUACUAAUAACAUUCCUAAGACUGCUGAAGAUUUAAAUUUACGUUCUCAGUCAGCAUUUCCUUCGCUGGCUGCAAGCGUUGAAAAAAUAUCAAUCUCCGAUAAUGGAAGCGAGAAAUCGACAGCAAGAUCAUUUAGUCUUCGACCAUCGGUUCGUCCAGUUCUACGUUCAGCAGUACCUGAAACUCACAAUUUGAAUCCAAUCGUACGUCCAGACAACUUUGGACAAGUUGGUCAACCAAUUCAGAUUUACACAAACCAUUUCAAAUUGAAUGUUGACAGCGAAGCGAAGGUUAAUCAUUACGAUAUCGAUAUAGGUAUGAUCGGUCGUGAUAAGAAACUUCGUUUGGCAAGAAAAGACGAACGAUGGGAAACUCUGCAGCGAUUGGCGAAACGUGAAAAUUUCCCAGUAAUAUGGUAUGAUGAAGGAAAAAAUAUUUAUACUAAAGCCAAUUUAGCCCAUUUCACAAAACCAUUACAAAUUACGUUUAAAAUGAAUAAUGAAGAUAAAACAUUCCAGUUGACCAUCAACAAUCUUGUUCGCCAAGAAAAAAUGCGAGAUAUUUUCGAUUUUAUUCAAAAAAAGAUCACUACGCGUCCACAUGACCCUAUGCGUAUUAUCGAAACGUUAUUUAAACAACGAUCAAGAAAUGAUAUGGUGUGUGUCAAAAAUCAAUUUUAUGAUAAAAGUCAACGUUUAGAUGAUUUAGGUGAUGGAAGAGGAAUGGCCAAUGGAUUCUACCAGGCAUUAUGUCUGACUCAAUGUGGUCCAACACUUAAUAUCAAUUUGACGUUCACUUGUUUUUAUAUGCCAUUGAAUUUCGUCGAAUUUGCAUCGAAAUAUCUUCGUAAAGAUAUUAGAGAUGGUAUGAAAGACUACGAAAUAGAUGGAUUGAAAAAAAUUGUGAAAAAUUUAUUAGUCGAAACCAAUCAUACUGGACGCGAUAUUCGAUAUCGCAUUCGGGGAUUUGGUUUAUCACCGGCGAAAAUCAAAUUUACUCGUAAUACUGGUGAGAAUACAAAUGGUGAUCAAGUCGAAGUUGGGGAGGAAGUAUCCGUAGCUGAUUUUUUUGCUGAAAAAUAUCAUCGAUUAAAAUAUCCCAAUUUACCGUGUAUCGAUGGCAUGUCGGGCGGUAAUAAAAAAGCUAACUGGUUGCCAAUGGAAAUGUGCAAAGUGGUCGAAUGGGAACGAUGUUUAAAACCACUUGACUCCGUACAACGUGCUCUCGUAACCAAAAAAUCUGUAAUUAAACCAGUCGACCGAUAUGCUCGAAUUAUGCAGAUUGUGGAUAAACGUAGUUUUGCAACUGAUCCUUAUUUAAAAGAAUUAGAUAUUAAAGUGGAAACGGGCGAAAUGUUAAAAGUAAAUGCGCGUAUUUUACCACCACCAGAAGUGAAAUAUCGACAAGACGCUGUCGAACGUGUUCAGUUUGGCAAAUGGACAAUAAGAAAACAAUUUUUUACAACCAAAGAUAUCAAGACUUGGGCAAUAUGCUAUUUUGCUCCAGAUAGACCAAAUGAGGGUGUCAUUGGUGUAUUAAAAGAAUUUCAAGUUCGAUUACCACAGCUUCUUGGUCGUUAUGGAAUUCGUUUACUAAGUAACCCAGUACAGAAAUCCAAUCCAGCUAAUCCACAAGGUAUAAAAGAGGUUUUAAUCGAAGCUCAACGAAAUAGAUGGGAAUUAACAAUAGUUGUUUUAAAUAAUACAAAAGAAGAAGUGUAUGAUUAUGUAAAACAACUUGGAAAUCAACGAUUAGGAGUGAUCACACAAUGUGUUUCGUUUCAAGCACUUGAACGUAAUUGUGGUAAACUCGAUAUGUAUGUUCAGAAUUUAUCUCAAAAAAUCAAUGCCAAAUUGGGAUGUAUUAAUGGUGUUGUCAAUUUAAAAAGUGCACUAUCACGUCCACAAAAUGAUGACUUAUUUAUGUUUAUGGGAGCUGAUCUGACUCAUACAACAUCCAGCACUGAUAGACCGUCAAUUGCAGCUGUUGUUGGAAGUCGUGAUGCAACUGGUUCAUUGUAUGCUGCUCGUAAGUCGUCUUUGAUGUAUAUUACAUUAACACAGAAUGGCUAUAAUUUCUCUAAUCGUUCAGGUUUAUGUGAACAAUUUCCAAAAGCAGGUCGUUGUUCAGUAGAAAUUAUCAAAGAAUUGGAUACAAUUGCAACAGAAUUACUUCAUGUAUUUCAACAACAAUCUGGCGGUCGUUUGCCAACAAAAAUUGUUUUUUAUCGAGAUGGUGUGGAUGAUGGAGCUUUUCAGAAAGUACUCGAUAAUGAAGUAAAACAGCUAAAAGCUGCUUGUAAAACUGUUUUCGGAGCAAAAGCACAACCAAAGAUUUGUUUUAUCGUUGUUAAAAAAAGACAUAAUACUCGAUUUUUUGUUUAUGAUGGUAGAGAAACAAAAAAUGUUGAGGCUGGAACAGUUAUUGAUUCGAUGAUUACUCAUCCAUCACAGUUCGAUUUCUAUUUAAAUUCACAUGCUGCUAUUAUGGGUACUUCACGACCCGCGUUAUAUCACGUUUUACAUGAUGAAAUUGGUUUUACGUCAGAUGAAAUACAACAGUUGACAUAUUAUCUAUGUCAUACUGAUGCACGCUGUUCAAAAGCUGUUUCAAUACCAGCGCCUGUUCAUUAUGCUCAUCUUGCUGCAAAACAAUCACGUUCAUUUGAUUAUGAAGAUAAUCGAGAUCCAAGUGAAGAAUUCGUUGAAAAUACUGAGGAAAUCUCAAUGGAAGACAUACGAACAAAACUGAUGGUACUUGAUCCGAAGAUACAAAAUGAUAUGUGGUUUGUUUAA